AUGUCCUUAUCAGAACCUACUUGGAAUCACUUUGGUUCUCAUCAUCCGUUCCCGGUAAAGCAGGAUUUCGCCAAUUUCUACCCGGACGCUCUUUCUCCAUCCAUUCUACCUCCCCUUUAUCUCUCUGCAUUCCCCCAAACCUCCUCCAUCAACAUGAAUGCCCUUUCAGCCGACGAAAUGGAGCGCUUCCAAAAGCUCUCCAACACCUACCGGCCAGAAACAGAGGGUCCCCCUGUCUCAACAAAACAGCCCAGCCACAAUAUCGCUCUGGAUUAUUCUAAUGCAGACCCGACUCUCGCAGCAAAGACAAAUGCGCUUGCUAACUCCCAUCCCGAAUGUCGUAUCAUGAGGGGUGAUGGGGAUUGUGGUUGGAGAGCGGUGGCUUUUGGGUAUUUCGAAACUCUUUUUGCCCUGAGAGACCCCAUCCGUAUCGAGUCUGAAAUCAAAAGAUUCAAAAAUCUUAAUGGAUUACUGGAACAAGUCGGGAUCGUGCAAGAUAUCUACGAGCUCUUUGUUGAAUCUACGGAAGAUAUCUUGAAUCGGAUUCACACCGCGAUCCAGAACGGUGUUCAAGAUGAAACGUUCCUCGUUGAGGCUUUUAAUGAGGGCUACAGCUCCGAUGCUGUCAUCACUCACUUCCGAUUAUUGACCAGUGCUUGGAUGAAGCUCGACCCGUUACGGUACCAGGCAUUCCUCCUUGACAUACCCGUGGAUCAGUACUGCAGCACCCGAAUAGACCCCGUGAAGACCGAAAUUGACGAAGUGGGUCUCCAGGCGCUGAUCCACAGUGUCAUUGAAGGGUCUGGAUUUGGAGUCGAAAUUCUAUACCUCGACCGAAGUGUGGGGGACGUUGUUACACCGCACCAACUGUCCACCCAUUGUCCUAAUGGGGCAACAAUGCGCCUUCUGUAUCGGCCAGGACACUAUGAUCUCCUGUACCGAGCUGACUCCACUUUGAAUAUGGCACCUAUCGUCAACCUCCAGUAUGGAUUGAGCUCCGACUACACCAGCUGGGACAACGCUACCUUGGGCUUCGACAUGAACUCAAGUCUAAUGGCCAUCCCCAAUCUGAUGCAAGAUUCUGCCUUUGGAAUGGGUGCUCCUAUGUCACCCAUGCCGUCCGUCUCGCCCACGCCGGCCAGUCCCUUCCGCAUGUCUCCGCAACAAGACAUGUACCAAUCACCUAUGCAAAGCCACGUCCCUAUGCCACCAAUCCCCGUUCCCUCUAGUAUCCCUCCCGCUCCACUGUCCUCGGCCCCGCCACCCAUGACUUCACUGCCCAGUCGAUCAUCGGACGGCCCGCAGAUCCGGUUGAACCCCCUCGUAAUGAAACCGAAUCUGAGUCGUUCCCUGCCAGUCACGACACCUUUCAAAAACUCUCCGUACAACCAAGCUCAUUUCCAAAACUCGGACUUCGAGCCAAUUCAUUGGGCACCGCAUGGAAGAUAA